AUGUCGAUGUUCCGCCCCAAGAAGCUCGACCUGAGCUGCUUCACCAAUGUGCGCGUCCUGCGCGACAACGCCAAGCGCCAGGUCUUCCAGGAGCACGAGACCCAGAGGCAAGCCCUCCGAUACCUCAUUCGCAACACGACUCUGCCGCCUCGUGUGCGCGCCGAAGCCCAGCUGCAGCUGACGCAGAUGCACGCCUAUACGCGCCCCACGCAGAUCAGGAACCGGUGCAUUAUGGGUGGAAAGAGCCGCGGUGUUUUCAGGGACUUCAAGAUGUCCAGGUUUGCGUUCAGGAUGGAGGCGUACCAGGGCAACCUGCCGGGCGUGAAGAAGGCGAGCUGGUAG